AUGGGAAGCUCGCUGCCAUGCAAGCUCCUUUGCGACAAGGCCCUCAUCAUCGCGGCGCCGCCCUCCUUGUGCGUGAAGGCCGAAGAGGAAGUGCUACCAGGCCCGGUGCGCCAUAAGGCGCGCCAGAAGGCGCCCCAUGCCACCGUGGAUCCGGAGCACUUUCUAGGUCCACACGUGAGGCCUUUUGAGGGGCACCACACAGGGCAGCUCUCGGAGCCUGAGGACCCGCUCGUCGCGGCGCUCCGGCACGGCGACCUGGACGGGGUGAAGACCUGCCUGGGCGGCGACGCUUCGCGCGGCGCGAACCGGAGGAGUUCCCGGCAGCAAACCCCACUGAUGCUGGCCGCGUCGGCCGCACUGCCCGGCGACGACCACGUGCGGGAACUCUGCGAGCUGCUUCUGGACGCGCAGGCGGAGGUGGAGGCCAUCGACGAGAAGGGCUGGACACCGCUAAUGCACGCGUGCAGCAGCAACAAUGUCAGCACGGUGGAGUUGUUGUUGGAACGGGGCGCUUCCAUUCACCGCUGUGACUACGAGGGGAGGAGCUGUUUGAUGUUGGCCUUCAUCGGCAGCGAGGACUUGAAGCUCCUCAAGUCUUUGGUGGAGCUGAAGGCCUCGGUGGAGUCGCGGGAUGCGAAGGGCUGGUCUUUGCUCUUCUACGCCUGCGAACAGCAAAACCUACACGUGAUCAGGUGGCUUUGCAACAAGUUCCAGGCCGACCUGGAGACAAGGGCCUUGGAUGGGUUGACUCCUGCGGACAUCUUGAAAAGGCAAGGGUUGGGCCAAGCGCAUCGCUGGCUGGGUGCAAGAAGGCGUCCAGAGAUGGAGUAUUUGCUCAUUGAUUUGGGUUUGAUGAACGAAGAUGGACACCCCCUCCCGCUCGAGUCCGAGCCAAACGUGGGAAGCCGACGGCGCUCCUCAAAGAGUCAGAAAGGCGAGAGCGGCGAGAGCCGCAGAUCCUCCAAGGUCUCUGUCGGGAGCGACCCAAGACACGGUGAGAGCCGAAGAUCUUCGAAAGUCUCCAUUGGGAGCGACCCAAAACAUCACGGUCAGCACCGAAGAAUGUCCAAGGGCUCCGAUGCGAGCCAUCUCUCCUCGCGGCGCUCCAGCAAAGGAGCCUUCGCACCCGAACACCUCGAGGAGACGGACUGCACCGCCGUGGUCACGGUGCAUGUGGCGGCAGAUGGUCGGCAGACUCGGGACGUGUUCAUCCCAGAGCCCGCAAAGCCCAAUGUGGCAGGGCUUCAUGAUGAAGAGGAGGUGAUGAACCGCCUCAUGGGCGUUGGCCACGCCUUGGCGCUUCGCCUGAAUGCGCAGGCGUCCAAGGCCCUUCCGCCCAUCACUCAGCUUGAGGUCUUUUCCGAUGGAGAAGGUUGGACCGUGACCGAGCGGCGGCGCUCGAACAGUCACCGGCCGAAACGCACAGGCGCAGCUGGGUCUCCUCGCACCGAGCCAGCCUUGCAUUGGGAGAAUGGCAAUGCUCCGCUGGAGACGCAGCCCUUCGCCAAGACACUAUUAGAGCCGACACCGUUGAUGCAGAUUCCAACCUCGUUGGCGGAUGUGGUGAAGAUGGCGGCGGCCAAGGCGAAGGCGAACGGCGGAAAGCUGGUCCAGGACCAGGACGUGGUGGAAGAAGAUGCAGGUCCCCCUGAGGCUGCGGAGGGCACUGCAGGCGGAGGCGUGGAGAUGGAUGGAUCCAAGAAACCGAGUGGGCAGUCCAUGAAGGGAAAGACGGUCACCAACUGGUUGAACCACACCUUGGGCCAGGCGACGCACAAGCUGGACAACGGGGUCGUGGCCAGCGCCGCUGCCAAGCAAGCGCAGGGCCUCGCCCACUUCGGGAUUGACCAUGCGGCGCUGGAACGUUUGGGUCUGGACCAUCAGGCGGCGGACCGGGUCUACCGGGCGAUGUUCGUCUACUCGCAGGGGCUCCACGCCGUGCUACAAGAGGCAGUGGGCCGUGCGAAGAACAGUUGGAGCGCCCUCCUGGUGCUGUGGAGGGCUUUCCAGGCUGUGCUCGAGCAGGCGGGGCAGGGCGACGAGCACGGCUCCGAGAGCCUGGCGGCACUGGUGCAGCGGGGCAACGAGGAAGAGAAGGAGCGUGUGGAAGGUCAGUUUCGGGACCAGAUCAACGCUCUGCAGUCACAAGUGGAGCGCCUCACGCGGGAGCUGCGAGCCUCCAAGGAUGAGCUCCAAAGAGUCAAGGAGGAUGAGAUGCGGAUGCGCAACGAGUGCGAGAAGUACAAGACGGAUUUCGAAGCCACGGAGAAGCACUACGAAGUGGAGCUCAAGAAGCGAGGCGAUGCGGAGGUGCGCCCUUGGCGAGGGCCCAGCCGUGUGGUGGAUGACUGAUGUACGGGUUUUUGAUUUAUGGGGCGUCCUUGGAGCCGGUGAACCAAAAUCGGAUGAAGAUUCGUCGAAGUGAUCCCAAAUGGUCGUACCAAAAGGUGAGGCAUGGUGAGGCUAAAAGGGAUCGUCCAACAUGUGGACCGUCUCCGUUGAACAAAUCAUAUUCUACUUGUGACUCCGUGGCACCGAAGGGGCUCCCUGGCGGCCACGAAUAUCCGAAGGGCUCGACAUGAGAUGAGAGGGCUCCGCAGCUGCUUAGGUUCAGGG